AUGCCACGCCGCGCCCACACCAAGUCCCGCUAUGGCUGUGACAACUGCCGCCGGCGCCGGGUGAAAUGCGAUGAACAAGGCCCACCCUGCACAAACUGCAUUCUACGGCGUCUAGACAAUUGCGUAUAUUCGCGUGUUCUCCCAGCUUCGCUUCUGGCUAAUUCCCGCCGUCUAAGCCAACCCAGUAUCUCGCCACGCGAAGACGUGGUCCAACUGAAUGGCUUCAGACCCGAGUCUCCUAGCUCCCCACUCAAGAACCCCCAGGUCGAUGAGCUCGAGCUGAUGCACCAGUUCGCUACGGACACCUAUCGGAGCCUCUGCGUUAGCGAUGAUGAAAUUAGCACUUGGCAGGUUCUUGUUCCGCGGCUGGCACUUAAACAACGCUACUUGAUGGAUGGGAUACUGGCACUAGCCUCGCUGCACAUCGCCACCACGCGCGAGCCCGCCAAUGCUCUUCACUAUAUAGACACAGGCUUGGAGUACCACAGCCUGAGUCUUGAGCCCUUCCGCCGAGCAAUCGACAAUCUAGCGCCGGAAAAUUGCGACGCGGCUUUUGCCCACUCGGUCAUCACGACCGCGAUUAGUCUCGCCCUGCCGCAGCUGACAGUGACGCGCGAGAAUGCAACCCGAAUGACAGAUAACAUGACCACCGUCUUCGAGUUGCUUCAGGGUGUCAAAAAGAUCUUGACGAUCGGACAGUCAUGGAUCAACCUGAAGCUCUUCUCGCAGGGCGCUUUCUGGAAAAAUACAUCAGCGACUCUGGAUGCGGAUACAGACAGCGCGCUGAACCAGCUCGCCACGCUGAACGAACAGACAAGGGCGAAUGGCGACGAGAUUCAAUUCUCCAUUAAUAACAAUGCCAUUACCCAUCUGCGACACUGCUUUACGAAAUUUGCUGCUUCUUCCGACCCUGCGCCUGUGCUGGCUUGGUUGGCGGCCGUGGAUAAGGGGUUUGUGGAUAGUUUACGGCGACGACAACCUUUUUCGCUACUUGUCCUUGCAUAUUGGGGUCUUCUUCUUGCGGAGCUAAAUGGGCAGCGAUGGUGGGCGCUGAAUUCUGGGCGAGCGUUGGUUUCGGAGUUGCUUGAUGCACUGAGUGCGGAGGAUUUGCUGUGGGAGAGCUGUUUGGGCUGGGUACAGCAGAGAAUCGCAUCAAAAAAUGGUUGA